GGUCCGCGCGGGACCGGGGCGAGAAGGGAGAGUCCGGAGCCGCCGGAGCCGCGGGACCCCCGGGCGGGAAAGGACCCCCAGGAGACGACGGCCCCAAAGGCAACCCCGGUCCCGUGGGAUUCCGAGAUCCCGGCCCCCCUGGAGAGCCCGGCCCCAGGGGCCAGGACGGAGCCAAGGGUGAGCGCGGCGAGGACGGAGAGCCCGGGGAGCCGGGCUCUCCGGGUCCCACGGGCGAGAACGGCCCCCCCGGGCCCCUCGGCAAGCGGGGUCCGGCCGGAUCCCGAGGCCCCGAGGGGCGCCAGGGCGGGAAGGGAGCCAAGGGGGAGGCGGGCGCGGGCGGAGCCCCCGGCAGGACCGGAGCCGUGGGACCCCCGGGAGCGGCCGGGAAGGCGGGGCCGGAGGGGCUGCGGGGGCUGCCCGGGCCCGUGGGCCCCCCCGGCCUCCCCGGCCUCAAGGGAGACACCGGAGCCAAGGGGGAGAAG